AGUGUGUGUGUGUGUGUGUGUGUGUGUGACCUGUGGGCAGAUUUUCUGACAACAUUUCUUGUAGAAAAACAAAACAAAACUUCAUCUUACGUUUUAUAAGUGUAUUUUAUGGUAGUCGUUGUAAAUAACUUGUGUUGCAAACGAUAGAUAGAUAGAUUCAAAUCACCUUUUAAAGUCAAAUCUCUCUCAAAGUACUUCACUGGCAUGAUUGUUUUACAUUCAGUGCUGCCAUACAGCAUCAGCACACACAAACACCAGAAAAUAAAAUGAACACAACAGAAGCAGCAAGAUAUAUGAGAAGAGAUUGACUGUUGAUUGCGUUGUAAAAAGCUCUAUAUAAAUAACGGUGAAUUGACUUGACUGUCCAGAUGGUGAAUGACUGAACUAGUGAACAUGAACGAUGUGUUUCUGUCGGGGAUCUGCUGCAGGGGUCGGUAUGGACGUGUAUGAGGUCAGAGGUCAUCUGGACGUGAUCGCAGAGGAGCUGACGGCGAGUGAGGAGGAGGAGGAGGAGGCGUUUGUGAUGGUGCAGGACUCUGCUGAUGUCUCCACACUCGCUGGCGCGCAGCAGAUGAAGGAGCAGCUGUCCAGAAGCAGGAGCAAGCUGAGCCAGAAGAUCGUCCAGAUGGAGAACUUCGCCAGUAACCUGGAGGAGAUCUUCAUCACUGUGGAGGAGAACUUCGGCCGGCAGGAGCAGAAUCUGGAGCAGCACUAUAAUGAAGUUCUGCAGACGCUGUCGCAGAGGAACGAGGCACGAGCCGCGGCGCUGGACGAGCAGAAGAACAGCAAGCUGGAGUGUUUGUACGGUCAGCUGCUGCGGUGCGGCCGAACACUGGACGCGUCCAAAGAGCUGAUCGAGAGCGCACAGGAGCUCCACCGCAGACCAGACAAACACGCCUUCCUGCAGGCUGUCAUGCCAAUAAUGAAGAGAGUGGAGCAGUUCUCCAGAGAGGAAGUGGAUCUGAAGCUGGGAGUGUCUCUGGACUUCGAGGUGCUGACCACAGAUCUGUCCGAUGUCAGACAGAUGAUGGAGUCCAUUAACGUGCUUCCAGCUCCGUCGGCUCCGGUCAUGAAUCCGCAGAUCGCUAACUCUGCCACCGACACGUCGCUGCACGUGUGCUGGAGUCUGUUCUCGGACGACACCGUGGAGUUUUACGAGCUUUACUGGCGUCUGAUCUCUGACGACUGCACUAUGGAGACGCCGCAGGAGGUGUCUCAGCUGAAGGUGAAGGAGACGCACUGCACCGUGUCUGAUCUGCUUCCUAACGCUCAGUAUGAGCUCUGGGUCACAGCCACCAACACCACAGGCAUCAGCCCUGCCAGCGAGAGGGCCGUUUACAUGACGGUUCCCUCUCCUCCGGUUCUCAAGCCGCGGCAGUGCGUGAGCAGCCUGGACGCGGCACUGAUCCGCUGGGACUCUGGAAACACCAACCCGGUGGAGUCGUACACGCUGGAGUUUCACCGGACCCACGCAGACGGCGGCUGCUCCGCCACAGAGUCCGUCGUGGCGAUCCCGUCCUGCGAGUGUCUGGUGCAGCUGCAGCCCUGGAAGCACUACAUCAUCCACAUCAGAGCCGUGAACAUCGGCGGCCCGAGCGACCGCAGCGAGCCCAUCACCGUCUCCACCACAGGUUCCCACAACACCUCUCUGUGUGUGUUUGCAGUGUCUCAGCUGAAGGUGAAGGAGACGCACUGCACCGUGUCUGAUCUGCUUCCUAACGCUCAGUAUGAGCUCUGGGUCACAGCCACCAACACCACAGGCAUCAGCCCUGCCAGCGAGAGGGCCGUUUACAUGACGGUUCCCUCUCCUCCGGUUCUCAAGCCGCGGCAGUGCGUGAGCAGCCUGGACGCGGCACUGAUCCGCUGGGACUCUGGAAACACCAACCCGGUGGAGUCGUACACGCUGGAGUUUCACCGGACCCACGCAGACGGCGGCUGCUCCGCCACAGAGUCCGUCGUGGCGAUCCCGUCCUGCGAGUGUCUGGUGCAGCUGCAGCCCUGGAAGCACUACAUCAUCCACAUCAGAGCCGUGAACAUCGGCGGCCCGAGCGACCGCAGCGAGCCCAUCACCGUCUCCACCACAGGUACGUUCUUCCAACUGCUGGAAGACACAGCGCAUCCAAGCCUGUCGCUGUCAACCGACGGCCUCACCAUGUUCUACCUGGAUGAAGAUCUUCCCAUCAGUCACAUGACCUUCAGCGACAACACCUUCAACAGGUGCGUGGCGGUUCUGGGUGACCUGGUGCCCAUCAGAGGCCAGUAUUACUGGGAGAUCGAUGUGGACGAGAGCGCAGAGUUCCGCGUGGGCGUGGCAUACGAGGACACACAGCGCAACUCGUACCUGGGCGGGAACAACACGUCCUGGUGCAUGAGACACAUCCUCACACCGUCCAGGCACAAAUACGAGUUCCUGCACAACGGCUGGACGCCAGACAUCCGCAUCACAGUGCAGCCGCUGCGGAUCGGUGUGUUCCUCGAUUACACCCGCGGGAUCCUGUCCUUCUACAACGCAGCGCUGCGGCAGCACCUCUACACCUUCAGCUGUCAGUUCCUGCACUACGUUCAGCCGUGUUUCGCGCUGGAUAACCCCGGAGCGCUGACGCUCCGCACCGGACUGACCGCGCCGCCCUGAGCCCACGAACAGGACUUAGAUCUCAACUGAUCUAGAGCUGAAUAAACCACAGCCAGCAUCUGUGUGGAGUUUCUUUCGUUUAUUAUUCCAUAGGAACAGUUACACAGCAGUCCUGCCAGUAAAACAUGUGAUCAAAUAAAGUCUGUGGUGCUGCAGUUCUGCGCAGACAUGCGUUUAGAUAGAGCUCUUAUUCCCGCUGCGCAUGCGCUCCUCCUCAUCUGAUGAAUCUCCUCCUGCUGGAGUCUUCAUCAUCUUCAUCAUCAGCUGUUCUUCAG